GUGCAAUUAUACAAAUAUCAUUAACACUGGAUUCUAGCUGUUUUUAAACUUCGGUGCAAUUUAUAAACGAACAUCAAUUUCAGAUAGUGCCGUGUUGUUUCCGGUUUUCAACAUUGUUGUCGUGACCCCAUGACCCUAUGAAAUGUCGGAUUAUGAUUACUAUGAUGACGAUGAUGAUUACAUCGUGGUUUACAUACCUAUGAUCGUUGCGUUUGGAGUUUUCUUUCCGGCGAUGGUAGCGCUCAUUUGUUUCCUGAAGUGGAAGAAGAAGAAAGGAAUGAAUAUUCAACCAAAUGGGCAAAUUGGUACAAAUUUCAAUAGUAAUACACAAGGCGGACAUGGUCAGUUUGGUGUGUGUCAUGAUGGACAGUCCAGAUAUUGGCAAACUGGAAAUGGACAGUCCGGGAAUAAUCUAAGCGGAUAUGCACAGUCAUCUGGAUUCGGACAAUCACAAGCAGGAACAACUCAGUACAAUCAAUACGGACCACAACUUGGUGGUAACUUUACGUACUAAACUCAACCAUCUUCGGGGUUUUAGUUCAGUAUUUUCAUACAUUGUGAUGCAUAUCAAAAUAGCCAUGGUCAUUUUGAUUUGUGAAAAAAAUACGUACCUCAUAUGUCUCUGAAGCUUUUUGUACUAAUAUUUUAUAUACCGCUGUAAUUAUUUAUCAUAGGCAAUUUGUCAAAAGUGACUGAUGAAAAGUCAUGCUUUAACUACUUACUAUGUGUAAGAAAGUUAAUCAUUUUCCCAAUGCUAAAUUUGUAUAACAGUUGUUGAUUACACUUCAGCAUAUAAAUCAUAAUUAAGCUAACAUCAUACAUGUACAUG